AUGGCUGAGGCGCAAUUGAACGAUUUCCCUUCGCUCUUCUCCCUCAAGGGAAAGGUUGCUGUCGUUACUGGAGGUUCUCGCGGUCUGGGUCUCCACGCAGCUUCAGCAUUCCUACAAGCAGGCGCAUCAAAGGUCUUCAUCUCAUCCCGCAAGGCCGCCGCCUGUGAGGAGGCUUGCAAGGCUCUCAAUGCGCUUCCCAACCUUCAACCUGGCGCUGUCGCCAUCUCAGUCCCUGCCGACUCCUCCAAGUUUGAGGGCGUAGAGAGUCUGCUUGCGCAGGUCAAGAAGCACACUGACAAAGUGGACAUCCUCUUCGCCAACGCUGGCGCUACCUGGGGCGAGUCUUUCGACACACAUCCUGACUCUGCUUUCGCCAAGGUCAUGGAUCUUAACGUCAAGGCUGUGUUCAACACCAUUCGCCUAUUCACACCCCUUCUCGAGAAGAGCGCCUCUCUGAAGGACCCUAGCCGUGUUAUCAUCACCGCCAGUGUUGCCGGUCUUGCUGUCGGCACUAUUGGAAAGCAAGGUACAUACGGUUACUCUGCCAGCAAGGCUGCUGUCCUGCAUCUCGGACGCAACUUGGCUAUGGAGUUGGGACCCCGACACAUCACCGUCAACUCCAUCUGCCCUGGCUUCUUCCCUAGCAAGAUGUCCAACGGCCUAUUGGAGAUGUCGGGAGGUGCCGACCAGUUCGCAGCCCAGAACCCCAUGCGCAGACUUGGCGAGCCCGAGGAUAUCGCUGGUGUUGUUGUUUACCUUGCUAGUCGGGCUGGAUCACACGUCAAUGGUGAGACAGUUGCUAUUGAUGGCGGUGCGCUGUGGCAGCGCGGCGAGCUCAUGGUGGCAGAGAAGGCGAAGCUGUAA